UGAUAUGGCUGAUGGCGACCAUCAUGGACAAAGAUUAUCAAUUAAAUAAUUAAGUACAACAAAAUAAACAGAAAAUAAAUAUCCAAAUAUAUCAGUAAUUAACUGGGGUGGAAUUUUAUAUAUAUUUAAUAUAUGAAAAAAAAAAUAUGUGAUGGUAAAUAAAUAAAAAAGUUAUUUUUUAAAUAGCAUGUGGAUGAAAAUGUACUUGCGGCAUGUAAAUGAACGCGAUAUGGUGAUAAAAAACAUAUAUAUUUGCAGUAUUACUCCGUAGGAAUACGUAUAUCAGUUGAUAUAUUUUAAAAAAAAGUGAUCAGUAAGUUUACCAGACGAUAUAUUUAUUAUUUUUUUUAUAAAGAAAUGACUAGUUGAGUCCAAGAUGAGUUUUCUGGAGCUUGGCGAUGGGCCGCCAUUGCUACAAGCGAUAUUUCUUGGAGAUGUCCAGGAGAUUCGCGCUUUGUUGGCGACGCAGCAGGAAAACGUACACUGGCAGGAUGAGGAGCAACGUUCUUUGCUCCACGCAUCAGCUUUCAUUGGAGAUCCAGACAUCCUUGAGACACUAAUUUUAAAUGGAGCGGGCGUUAAUAACAAAGAUAAAUGUUGGCGUACGCCAUUACAUCGCGCCUGUUGUUCGGGGAAUGAGUCAGCGGUUGAAGUUUUGCUUAAACAUGAGGCAGCGGUAAAUGUACGUGACCGCAAUUGGCAAACGCCAUUACACUUUGCAGCGGCAAACAAUGCUGUUGAAUGCGCGCGUUUGAUUAUUCCAAAGCUGUUUAAUAAUAUUAAUUUAACGGACCGACGUGGUCGGACUUGUUGGCAUCAUGCGGCCUCGAAUGGUCAUGUCGAGAUGACAAAACUGCUGCUGGAGCAGCCGGGCUGUGCUAUCAAUGCACGGGACAAAAUGGACCGACGUGCGCUGCAUUACGCAGCCUCGGAGGGCCACGAGGAAAUAGUGAGAAUUUUGCUGGACCAUGGAGCCGAGAUCGACGUCAAAGAUCGCAAUCUGUACACUCCCUUGCACGGCGCGGUUGCUGCUGGUAAAUUCGGGUGCUUGAGAAUUUUAAUUGAAGCUGGAGCAGACAUUGAAGCUAAAAAUGUUUAUGGGAACACUCCGCUGCACGUUGCCUGCUUGAAUGGUCACGCUGCCGCGGUGGCAGUUCUUAUUUACCAUGGAUCCAAUAUCGAGGCUGUCAAUUACCGGGGCCAAACUCCGCUGCAUGUUGCAGCUGCAAGUACUCUCGGUGUCAGCUGCCUAGAAAUUUUACUUAGUGCCGGUGCUGACAUAAACGUCCAGUCCCAGGAUGGCCGGACCCCAUUGCACAUGACCGCAAUACAUGGAAGAUUUACGCGCUCCAAAAGUCUGCUGGAUGCUGGAGCUUCCCCGGAUACUCGUGAUAAAAAUGGCAACACUGCACUUCAUAUCGCCGCUUGGUUGGGCCACGAGUGUUUGACGACAACGUUACUGGACUGCGGAGCAUCACCGGCUGCUCGCAAUGCUGAGCAACGUACACCCUUGCACCUGAGUUGUCUUGCCGGUCACAUUGAGGUCUGCCGUAAAUUACUCCAAGUCGACAAUAAAAAGAUAGACUCACGUGACAUUUGCGGUCGGACACCACUGCACUCGGCAGCAUUCAAAGGUUCCGUUGAUUGUCUCGAUCUUUUGUUGUCAAGUGGAGCCAACUUCCGUUUGUCGGACAACGACAACAGACUGGCGCUUCAUUAUGCCGCUAGCCAAGGCCAUUAUUUAUGUGUCUUUACUUUGGUUGGUUAUGGCAGCGAUCCAAAUGCCCAAGAUGUCAAUGGCGCGACGUGUCUUCAUCUGGCCGCUUCAUCAGCUUCCAACUCAAUGAAUCACAACAAUGGCGACAAUGCCGGCGAGUGUGUGAGAUAUCUGCUGACUCACAGAGCAGACUCAAACAUUCGCGACAAGCGCGGAUUCACGGCAAUUCAUUACGCAGUUGCUGGAGGUAAUCAGCCUGCAUUGGAAGCGCUUCUGUAUGUAACAGCAACAACUAUCACAAACAAUCAGUCUCCUGCACCAUCAAAUGUCUCCAAAAGUAAUCCGCCGUCUCCAUCAAUACGACAGGGUGAAAAUUCGGCAUCACCUGCGGCAUCACCAUCAGCCGCAGCGUCAAAUCUGUCAGCAUCCGCAAUGAUGAACCAGUACCAGCAGCAACUGACAAAUCACCCCAACAAUCCAGCGCUGACUCCCCUUCAUCUGGCGGCUUAUCACGGUCAUGGUGAAAUCCUGCGUCUGUUACUGCCACUGUUCCCGAGCACAAACAUACGCGAAGACACCGGCAAGACCCCACUGGACCUAGCAGCUUAUCGUGGACACGAACAAUGCGUCAGGUUGCUACUACGUUGCGCGGCUCUGGUUUCCGUUCAAGACAACGUGACCCGACGGACACCAGUACACUGUGCCGCAGCAAUGGGACACACGGACUGUCUUAAAUUGCUGCUGGAGAACAUGGAAGAUCACACGGUCAUUGACCGGUAUGACAUCAAGCAUCGGACUGCUUUGACACUUGCGGUAGCGAAUCGGCAUCAGGAGUGCGCACAAAUUUUACUAAAAUACAAAGCUGACUGUAAUUUACCUGACAUAAAUAAACACACGCCUUUAUUCCGUGCUGUGAUACACGAAAAAGAUCAUCCGUUGGUUGAACUUUUGCUGGAACACGGAGCGCGAGUUUCUAUUCAAGAUAAUUCUGGUAAAACUCCAGCUCAUUUAGCAGCUGCAUGUGGAAGGCUCAAAGCAUUGGCAGCUCUGCUGAAAUCUGAUCCAAGCGCGAUCUCAUUAAAAGACGAUCAAGGUUGCACUGUUUUGCACUGGGCCUGCUACAAUGACCACCCGGACUGCGUUGAGUAUCUCCUGGAGCAGAAUCUCGUGGAGACAUUGGAGAGUAACCCAUUUUCUGCUGUCCACUGCGCAGUUCAUCAGGGUUCUGCGGAAUGCUUGAAACUCCUGAUCGACAAAUUUGGUGGGCAAGCGGUAGCUGCUGCGCCGCGAGACACUCCUGGCGGAAGACUCGCUCUCCAUGUUGCGGCUGCCGCAGGCUCUGUCGAGUGCGCGAAACUUAUUCUCCAUUCUGUGGGUGCUAAUCUUGGAGGUCUUGAGGCCCAAGAUUACGCUGGUCGGACUCCGCUACUCAGUGCCGCGCUCGCUGGUCAAACUGCUACCAUCGAAUUAUUGCUCGAGUGGAAGGCCAACAUCCAAGCAGUUGACGCAGGAAGCAACACCGCGCUUCACUUGGCCUGUCAGCGACGACAUUCAGCAGCUGCGUCGCUGCUACUAGAUACUAUCGAGUCAUCUCAAUCUUUAUUGAACUCAAAUGACAAUUCUCAGAAGUCCCAUUCCAAGAAAGUGCUGAUUGUCAACAUGACAAACAAACAAUUAAAAACUCCGCUACAUCUCGCUGCGAGAAACGGCCUCGUUGGCGUGACGAGACGACUUAUUCAAUUGGGAGCCAGCGUAGUUGCUGUUGAUUCCGAUGGACUGACUCCUGCCCUAGCUUGCGCUCCCAAUGCCGCAGUUGCUAAAUGUCUUGCGACAAUUCUUGCUGCGCAUGGUCAAAAUUGGGAGUCAACUCAACAACCCUCAAUUCAACAAACGUCGGAAAUUUAUUUGAACGGCAGAGAUUCACAGCAUAGCUCGGACUCGGAAUUUUACUGACGACGAUUGAUCACGCGUUGUCGUUUUUUAAAUUAUCAUUAUCAUUAUCAUCAUCAUAAUCAUAAUCAUAAUCAUAAUCACUGCUUGCAUUCAUUCAUCACCAAAUUAAUAAUACCAUCUAUCAAAAUUAGAUAACGUGAGAUAUAAAUUUUAUUGUUAAUUAAUUAGUUAAUUACAGGCGAAUUCCAUUAACUUUAAAUUUCUCGCAGUUUUUACCCCCACUGGGUUACGCUGUCCCCCACCUGAUACUACACACUUGUUUAUAAUAUAUAUAAAAGGUAUAUUACAUAUCAAGGGAGUAAAGUAGGACAUUCCGAUCCAUGUGUGUAAAAGGCUUUUUUUUAUCACAAGUUCAGCGCAAGCGCAUCCGCCAUUUUUUAAAAGCGUCAAUUCUAAGGUUUUGGAUUUUUUUCAUACAAAUUGCUGAGCAUACAUCCAUUUACCAGCUCAUACACGUAAAAAUAGUUCCGAAAAAUGAAAUCGUGUCAAUAAAAAUUGAAUGGUGUCAAUCGCAGACUGUAAUGUCGUCUUUCCUUCCUUAUGUAUGCGAUUUUUCACUAGACCUAGACCUGGAAGUUCAAACUUCUUCUGCUUAAAGAGAAAAUCGCGCAUGCGCUAAUUGUCACUUGUAUCAGAAAUUUAUACUUUUGGUACAUUUUCAGGAAAUUGUCACUCUAUUGACUAGCUGUCAGAUUUAUUGGAAUUUGACUGUAAUAAGUUAAUGAAUUGAUUAAUCAUUAAUUAUUAUUAAUGUGCAUACGAUGGAAUUGCUAUUUUACAUAAAAAUAAGAAGCCGUCUUUGCUAACGCCUGAUAUUAAAUAUUUUACAAUAACGUCUAUACAUAAUUCGUAAAAAAUAAAUAAAUAAAUAAGCUUGCUCAAUAGUUAUUCUUUAUAUACAUAAUAAUAAUAAUUAUAAAUAUAUAUAUAUAUAUACUAAUCUAUUGUAAUACCGGUGAAAAGUAUGAGAUUUUGAAUAAUGUUUGUA